GCCGCCAGCUUCUCCUUUUUCACUGCCAAAGCACCGUCAGCAUGCUGUGUUGCCGUCGGUGAGAGCACCUUUUGCUGCCGCCAGCCGUUUCGAUCGACUCUGAAAAUGCCAUGAGCAGCACCAAUAUUCACUCUUCUCUGGCGAUACAUGCUUUUUUCUGUUGCUGAAUAGCCUUUGGGAGGCAGACGACGCGCAGUGGCGAGCUGUCAGAGGCACGCGCACUACGAUCGCUGGCUGCAGAACACCCAAUAGUGGCCAAAACUUCCAAAAAAAAAAAAGGGGGGGGGGGGGGGUUCCCCUAGGCAAAGGGCCUGCCAGGUAGGUCGAGGCGGAAAGAAGAGGCAACGGCGGCAGCGACGGCUUCAGCAGCAGCUGUACAGGGGGGUCCAAGGCCUGAAAAUGACCUGAGACCCCCUGUGCUGUCAACCACGGGGGGCAACAGGCGCUGAAAACAAGCGUUGUUGACAUCUGUUGCUCCGGUACCUAGGGGUUGCUCCAGUCUCAAAAUGGGUUGGAUGGGGUGGAAAAGGAGAUAAAUUUGCUUGAUUCUCGCAUCAUGAUUGGCCAGCAGUGGUCCCUAGCGCAUAGGCUAACCUUGGACUGGACCUGCCACAGUGGCGCCACAGGCAGAGUGGUUGCCUGGGGGGUGUGCCGGGGCCUCCCAAGGCGAAAAAUAUAUAUACCGGUCGCAUCCCCCAGCCGCCCAACGCGAAAUUUCGUGCGGAUAUCCCGACCGGCGGCCCUACGUACCUAAUUUCUUAGUCACGUCCGGCCACAGCCUUUCUUCCUCUUUCCUCCCCCAACAAGCCGUCUCCACUUUUCUCUCUCUACCUGCGCAGAAACAAUUCUAGCAAUUGUUUUUUUGCCACUUCCCCUCUUCUUCUUCUCCUCCUCCUCUUCAGCGCAUCACCUCGUUUUUGACCUCGGUCGGAAACAGUUGAAGAAGGCUCCUUGUCGCAAACCUAUCUCUCUUCUCCUCGCCUCGACAGCUUCUCCCAGCGGAAGCCACGCAAGUCUCAGCGAACCCUUCAUUUGGGUAGAAAGAAAGCGAAAGCCUCGACGUCCUCUCAUUAUCCCCGCGCGCGAUUUGCCCCAGCAUAACUGAAACACGUUAUACGCUUCGUCAUCUCGCCCAUUAUUCUCGUUGCCAGCGAUCUCGAUCACUUCGACGACAGGAAAUCCGUUCAAAAACUACCUCCCUCGUCGACCUCGGAUCGUUGCGCACGUUGUGUGUAGUCAACCCGUCCAUAAUUCCAAAGAGUUCGCAACCUUUCAAGUGAAGAAAAGGUUCCGACAAUACAAGAUCGUCGCUUCGACACAGAUCUUUGCAUAGUACACUCCGAGCUGCAAUAUUUGUAGGGGAGACAUUCACUUGUUCAUCUCCCGCGACUGUUGUGCUUUUCGACGCUUCUACUAUUGUAACGUAGUCGCGUCUUCCAUCCAUACCGGCUUUCAUCAUGGAGGGCAUUCAAACGCACCCCUCUAACGCCGCCCAGGCAAAGGCAUUCACCGCCCCUGGCUCGCUCUCAUUCCCUGGCGCUUCCAAUGAGCUCACCCCUCCCGCCAGCAACGGCGAUGUUAACCAGCGACCCAACGCAAACGGCCAGCAGCCCGCCAACGGAAAUGGGGUGACUCCCGCUACCCCAGUGGCUACUCCUGGCGCUAUGCAAGGCCCCAGUGGCAUCACUCCCGUGUUGCAGAACAUCGUUGCCACCGUCAAUCUCGAUUGCCGUCUGGAUCUCAAGACGAUCGCUCUUCACGCUAGAAACGCAGAGUACAACCCCAAGCGUUUCGCUGCCGUCAUCAUGCGUAUCCGUGAGCCCAAGACCACGGCUCUGAUCUUCGCCUCGGGCAAGAUGGUUGUUACUGGUGCCAAAUCUGAAGACGACUCCAAGCUUGCUUCGCGUAAGUAUGCUCGUAUCAUUCAGAAGCUCGGCUUCAACGCCAAGUUCACCGACUUCAAGAUUCAGAACAUUGUCGGUUCCUGCGACAUCAAGUUCCCUAUCCGUCUGGAAGGUCUUGCAUCCCGCCAUCACAAUUUCAGUUCCUACGAACCUGAAUUGUUCCCUGGUCUCAUCUACCGCAUGAUUAAGCCCAAGAUUGUGCUUCUCAUCUUCGUCUCAGGCAAGAUCGUCUUGACUGGUGCCAAGGUCAGAGAAGAAAUCUACCAAGCUUUCGAAAUGAUUUACCCUGUGCUUCAAGAUUUCCGCAAGGUUUAAAUGUUGCAUACGGGAUACUCUUUGCCAAUGCUUUCUUGCUGCGGCUUUGAACUGUAUGACUACACACCAAUGGUCACGAUACCAUGACUUCUUUUUUCUUCUUUUACUACAAACACCGCGUCGACGCCUCUGCUAGGUCACAAGCAGAAGAGCUUCGUCGCUUUGUAUCAUCUGUCCCUUUCAGCAUUGCAUAGGCGUUAGGCAAGGACGGUGGGAGGGUUGCCUUGUUUUUUUUUUGAACUUUGAAACAUUUUUUUAUUUGCUGGUUUCUUGAUUUUAUAUGCGAUGGCCGUCGUUACAGGCAAAAAGCACAAAGAAGAUUUUUAUCACGCGACUUUACAUAGACUGUUCUUGCAGGAAGCGCCAUCUGGCCUAUCCCAGAUCAGCACCUGUUUAAUUCUUUUCUAGGGGGAGACGCGAUACCAAGAGGAGGAGGGGACGAGGAGCAGACACGUUGACUGCAGUGGAUGAAUGUCAACGUGAGCGGUUGACUUGCAAGAUUUUUGUUUUUUUUUCUUCAAAAGAAGAAUCACAGCAUUUCGCUUGGUUCCAGAAAGGCAUGAGUCAGAUUCACGUAUGGUGUUUCGUUUUCAUUAGCUGGUGCGAUUUUCGUCGCCUAUUAUGACAAUAUACCACUACUUUGCUCUGUC